ACAGUGUACCAUGGCCUCUCUCUCUCUGUCCCUGGGUCUGCUGGUGCUAUGCACCCUGGCUCUUGUACAAUGUGGCCCGUAUGACGACCGCGUCAGGGUGUGGGGCAUUAGUGCCACCAACCUGAAAGGAGACCUCCUCUCCCAGCCAGACCCCUACGUCAAGGUGAAUUUAUUCAUUUAUUUAACCUUUAUUUAACCAGAACAGUCAGUUAAUGAAACAUUGUUAUUUACAAGGAGGGACUGGCAGGUGGGGUGGUAAAACAGAAGAAGUACAGUAAUGUUACAGACAGGACAGGCAUCAUAACACAAAAGGACAGAGACACAGCAAUAAUCAACCACUAAACAGUAGACAGUCAGCAGUCAUUUGUUUGUAUAUCAAGUAGGCUACAGUGACGUGGACCAUGAAAAUGUCAGUGAUUGGCUUGUUACUUGUUAGGUGAACGAACAAACAAACGAAUGAACAGAUAAAUGAACAAACAAAUUAAUUAAUGAAUUUUAAAAUACAUGUAGAUGUUCCUCAGCCAAGUGAGCCAACUAUACAUACAUUACAAAUCAUAAUAAAAAAACAUUUAAUAAUAAAAGUCCACUGACAACAUUAUCUUCCUAAGGUGUGGUGCGGCCCAGCCUUCGGUGGCAUGACCAGCGUUCUGAAGAACCAGGCCAACCCCACCUGGCCCGGCGAGUUCAACUUCCUAGACAUCAUCGACAAGUCUGUCCUGAAGCUAGAGGUGAGUUUCCCCCCUUACUAUGUAAAGUGCUUUGAGCAAUGGAAAAGCAAUAUGUAAAUCCAAUUGAUUAUGAUGAUGAGGAUGAGGAGGAAGAGGAGGAGGAAGAUUAUUACUAUUACGAUUAUUAUUAUUAUUAUUAUUAGGUGUGGAAUGAUAACGUCGGACCAGAUAACCGCCUGGGGACCUGCACCACCACCAUCCGCAAAGGAACACACAUCGAGACCUGCCACCUGAAGAAAGGAACCGUCUACUACACCUACACCUACGACUACAGCCACUAGAAGGAACAGAAUGAUGGUUAGAUAGUAACCUAUGACCUUUAUGACCUUGUGUCUGAUUGGUUCUCUCACCCUGUCACUCAUGUAUUCACUUCAGUACAACGUCAAUAAAUAAAUAAAAUACUUUACGGCAAGA